AUGAUGAAUAUUCACUGCUGCCCCAAGUGGACAUCAAUUGGAGCCAAGAAACUAAUCUGUCUUUUGCUGUGCAUAUCAGUAGCUUGCUUGAUCACUUAUCGAGUACAUGUUUGGUUGAAGCAUUACGACAGUUUGGCAUCAAAAAUGAUUAUUUCAGCUUACGAGGAUCAUCAAAGUAAUUUGCCAUUUCCUUUGAUCAGUAUCUGUAAUAUUAAUCCAGCAAGGGGAACUAAACUGUACAAUAUUCAGUCAGCUGAGUCUCAGGAUCGUGGUGUUGAUUAUGAAAUUUUCUCGGAUGCUUUUCAAGGACGUUCAAGUGAAAACCUCCCGGAAAGCAAACUUAAAGUGCCAAUUUUCAAGCUCAUGGAGAAAGCAUCUCAUCAGAUAGAUCAAAUGUUAAGAAGCUGUAAAGUUGGUCAAAGACAUUGUUCCGUACUGAAUUUUACAAAGAGCAUUCUACCGAAUGGCGCUUGUUAUACGCUAACUGGCGAUUUAACCGGCAUAGACGAAAUUCAAUUAGUGUUAGAUCCACAAAGUUACGAUUAUUUGGUACCGAAUCAAGGAUUUAUUGGCUUUCGCAUUUUACUACAUGGAUAUGGUGAUUCCUUAUGGGCAUUAAUACCAACUGCUGUUUAUGCUGGUCCAACAUUUCAUACUAUGUUACGUGCAGUUGGCCUUAAAAAGAUUUAUAAACAACAUUGUACAAGUCAAUCAAUCUGGGCUAGCUGUAUGCAUGAUUGCAUGCAAGAAAUGUUAUUAGAAAAAUGUCAUUGUCAAUUGCCAGAUUGUACUGUUUUUGAAAUGAUGAGAUGUGGAUUAACUAUGAAUUCAAUGAUCGAAUCUCUAUCACCAGUUCAAUGUCGAUGUCAUAAUCCCUGUGAAGCAAUAUCUUAUUCAGUGGAAUCCAUAACCCAAGCAUUAAAAUCCCCAUUAUUAUUUACACAUUCUCUAAGUCUAUUUACUAAAAUAAAUCAAACCAACUUUCAAUCAAACAAUAAUUUUCAACUAUUUACUGAUCAACAACAAUUUAAUAACAAAAUUAUAUCGAAAAACCAAAAACUGACAACUGUUUCUGAUGACAUUAGUGAUUAUGAUCCUAAUAACAAUAAUCAUAGAAACUCUAAAGAACUGAAUAUAAAUCAAUCGGAACAAUUUCUGCAUAUUUACAGAAAAGAGAUUUGGAAUGGCUUACUCCUUCAAACAUGGGCAUUUCUACGCGAAGCUAAUCGUACAGCAUUUGAACAGUUAAGACAACUUUCUCGUCUUUUACAAAGUUUAAAUUUGGAUUUACAGACAGUAGAACGUACAGUUUAUAAAGUUCAUAGAAAACAUAGAUUCAAUUUAGAAGCUACUGACCUAAUGCUUUGGGAUAGCGAACGUCUAUCAACAAAUAAACAUACUUCAGAUCAAUCUAACGGAUUAUGUAUGGAUAGUGAAGAACAUUCUCGUAUGCUAGAAAGGGUUAGCCGUUUAGGAAAGGAAUUUGUCCGCCUUUUUAGACAAAGCAUUUUGUUUCGAGAUAUAACAUUAGUCCCAGGACUAGAUUUUCACAUUCAUCUUGUUCGUCUGUUUUUUUUAAACGUCGUUGAUGAGUUGGAUCGUCUCGCUAAUCAAUUAUUACACAACGACCUGUUUUCUGAUGUGACAAUGCUUGAUUUACAACGUAAAACAAAUCAGUGCAAGCAAACUAACAAUAAAUUAAUAUACAACGAUACUAGUUGGGAAAAUCAGCUAGAACAAUCACAGUUAAUUGUUGCCAGUGAAGAUAUAGCCAGUCUUCAAGCUGUUCUUCUAGCUACCGAUUCGCAGUUCAAACAAUUAAGAACGGUGUUUUCUAAAUUAGUUUUGGAUAACCGUGAAUUAAUUGAAACUGUCCCAAUUAAGCGGGCUAGUUUAAACACUAAACCAGAUAGCUUGAUCAGCACCGAAGAAGGAUUAGUCAGUGUUACAAUACAGCUGACAAGGGAUAAAAAUCGUCUUAUACGUUUGGAAUCAGUACAGGCAAUUUAUAGUCCAAUCGCUGAACUAUUGGAUCUAAUAGUAUCUGAUUCGUGUUAUUAUGAAUAUUGUUGCUGUUGUUCCACUCUCGUAAAUAAAUCUACUAAUUCUAAAUCAUGUGAAUCACCGAAAUUGGUUACUCAUACCACUUUACCUACAGCUUCAUAUAUUAAUUGUAAUACAGAUAGUGGAAGUUCUAGUAAACGUCUGCCAAAACUCAAUACUAUAUCAUAUAGAAAUUACAGUGACUUAAUACCAACCGAUAUUUUACAGAAAAAACCCACAGUGAAUUCAGUUUACUUGUUUGAUUCACAUCAACAAGAUGGAGUCCCGAUUUCAAAUAAAUGUAUAAUAACAGGAUUACCAAUUACCAGUAAUAAGCCAUUUGCAAAAGGUUUUGGAGAGAAUUGUCGACAUAAUUUCAAUAUGUGUCCAAAUGAAUCAACACAAUAUAUGACACACAAUUUACCUACUUUACCGGGAUCUUCAGUGAUAUUACCGAAAUGGGACAAUAAAGUUCUUCAAAUUGAUGUGGAUGGUUUUAACUGCAUGGAUGUAUCUGAGCAUUCUACCACUGAAUGUGAAGGUGAACAAUCACAUGCGAACACAAAUCAACAUUAUUCAUGUCAUCAACAACAAUCACUUCCACGACAACAACAACAACAGUUAAAUCAUCAACAAAACAGUGUCAACGAAUCCUGUAUUAGUUUUUGUGAUUGUUUGUAUUCCAUGGAAGAUAAUACAAAAACAGAUUCUGCAUCGUGUUUAAAUUCAAGUAAACUUUUAUUUUGUAAUAAUCAUUCAAACACUGUGAGAACUUGUUCUUCUAUUAGAAAACCAACUGAUAUUAAUUAUAGUAAAAAUGAUAUGUUAAAUUGUUUAAUAUUAACACCACAACUACAGGAUACAACAUUUAAUGAAGUUACACCAAAUAUUGUAACAACACAUCAGUUACCAUUCAGUGUUGAUUUACUUCAGUCAUCGCAAUUAAUAGACGAUAAGGCAACACUACCAAGUUAUGUCUUAGGCACAGUUUUAAUAACAGAUCAGAAUAAUAUUCAUGAUUGUCAAUGUGCAUAA